AUGGGAGAAGAAGAUCGAAUCGGUUUUGAUUGUCAUAAUUAUUCCAAGAUCAAAAAGGUGAAGUUGGCGGCCAUAGAAUUCUCCGAUUACGCUAUGAUAUGGUGGGAUCAACUCACUACGAGCCGAAGAAGGAAUGGGGAAUGGCCAAUAUCCACUUGGGCCGAGAUGAAGGCCGUGAUGAGACGUCGUUUCAUUCCCUCCUACUACCAUCGGGAACUCUAUCAAAAGCUUCAAAAUCUCACUCAAGGUUCAAAGAGUGUUGAGGAUUAUUUCAAAGAGAUGGAGAUCGCGAUGAUCCGAGCCGAUGUCCAAGAAGAUCGUGAAGCAACAAUGGCACGAUUCAUUGCUGGUCUCAACCGAGAUAUUGCUAACAUUGUGGAACUCCAACAUUAUGUUGAGAUAGUGGACAUGGUACACAUGGCCAUUACGGUGGAGAAGCAACUCAAGCGAAAGAGUACCACUCGAAGUUUUCCUACCCCAAGCACAACUAGAUGGGGGCAAAGUUCGAGUAAAACUAAUCCACCAAGCGGUGCCAAAGAGCCAAUGGUGCCUACCAAAGCAAACAAACCUAUGGGAGAUACGAGCAAAGGUAAGGCAACCGAUUCAUGUACUAAUCGUUCACGGGAUAUUAAAUGUUUUAAGUGCCUUGGAAGGGGCCACAUUGCGAGUCAAUGUCCCAACCGCAACGUCAUGGUGGUUCGAGCAAAUGGAGAAAUAGAAUCGGAAGAAGAAGAGCUUGAAGAUGAGCUUGAAACCGUAUCUGACAAUGAAGAAGAAGUGGAGCACGCUCUUGAUGGAGAACUCCUAGUAGUCAAAAGGAGCCUAAGUAUCCAAAGCAUCAAUGAUAAGCAACAACGAGAAAACAUCUUCCAUACUCGUUGUCAAGUACAAGGAAAGCUAUGUAGCGUCACCAUCGAUGGAGGAAGUUGUACGAACGUGGCGAGCACUCUCAUGGUGGAAAAAUUAAAUCUACCGACCACCAAGCAUCCAACUCCGUACAAACUUCAAUGGCUCAACGAUGGAGGAGAGUUAAAAGUGACAAAGCAAGUUCUACUCUCCUUUUCCAUUGGGAAAUAUUCCGAUGAAGUGCUAUGCGAUGUUGUUCCAAUGCACGCGGGUCACUUGUUAUUGGGCCGUCCAUGGCAAUUCGAUUGUCGAGUCAUGCACGAUGGUUACUCAAAUCGAUAUUCUUUCAAACAUAUGGGAAGAAAUGUAACCUUAGCCCCAUUGACGCCAAAGCAAGUUUACGAGGAUCAACUUAAGCUGAAAAUUUUCGAUUUCAAAGACGUUUUUCCGGAUGAAGUGCCAAGUGGCUUGCCACCACUUCGUGGGAUCUAG